CCAGUGGCAACCACAUUCUGCGGCGUUUUCGGUCUAGUCUCGGUCGGGGGAGAGACCGAGACCUUUCUUACAGGAGGUGAACACCACCGCGUCUGCUGCGAUGUUAACACAGAGCUGAAGCUACAGAUCUCCUGGCUCUGAUACAUGACAGCACACACCAGUCAUGGAGUUCAACAAAUUGGUGGCCUUGUGGAUAUUUUGCUUGUGUCUCGUUGGAGAAAGUUGGACAGAAAAAACAAGUUCACCCACAUCGGACAGUCAGAUUGUUGAAAAUGGGUUGUCAGAUCUUUGUCGCAUUGAUGCGCCACUAUGCAAGGAUGAGAAUGGAAUUCUCAGCUACGAGGCUAUCCGUAGCAUCCACAAGCAGAUGGAUGAUGACGCGAACGGCAAUGUAGACGUGGCGGAGACGGACGGCUUCCUGAGAGAAGAUCUGAACUACCAUGACCCCAAGGCUAAGCAUAACAGCUUCCAUGGGGAUGACCAGUUCAUCAGUGUGGAGGACUUGUGGAACGCAUGGAAGGGCUCUGAAGUGUAUAAUUGGACAAUGGAUGAGGUGGUGGAAUGGCUCAUCACUUAUGUGGAACUGCCACAAUAUGUGGAAGCCUUUCGCAAGAUGAGUUUCAAUGGAAGUGUCAUGCCAAGGCUCGCCGUAAAGAACACAACUCUGACACUCUCUAUUCUGAAGAUUCUGGAUCGCAGCCAUGUGCAGAAGUUGCAGCUCAAAUCUUUGGACACUGUACUGUUUGGAGCGCCCCUGAUGAAUAGACAUAACCACUUGAAGGACUUCAUGCUGGUAGUGUCCAUAGUCAUAGGCAUGGGUGGCUGCUGGUUUGCCUACAUCCAGAACCGCUACUCUAAGGACCAUAUGAAGAAGAUGAUGAAAGACCUGGAGGGCCUUCAGAGAGCUGAACAGAGUCUGCAUGACCUACAACAGAAGCUGCAGAUCGCCCAGGAAGAGCACCGCACAGUAGAAGUGGAGAAGGUGAACCUGGAGCAGAAGAUGAGGGAUGAGAUCCACGCAGCAAAGCAGGAGGCCCAACGUCUAAGGGAGCUGCGUGAGGGCACCGUGAACGAACUGAGUCGCCAGAAAUACGCUGAAGAAGAGCUAGAUCAGGUGCGCAUGGCGUUGAAGAAGGCAGAGAAGGAGUUGGAGUCACGGAGCAGCUGGUCACCGCCAGAGUCUCUCCAGAAGUGGCUGCAGCUCACCCACGAGGUGGAAGUGCAGUACUACAACAUCAAGAAGCAAAACGCUGAACGGCAGCUCCUGGUGGCCAAAGAAGGGGCAGAGAAGAUAAAGAAAAAAAGGAACACUCUGUUUGGAACUUUCCACGUGGCUCACAGCUCCUCUCUGGACGAUGUGGACCACAAAAUACUGGCAGCAAAACAAGCCCUGGGUGAGGUGACGGCUGCUCUGCGGGAGCGGCUUCAUCGUUGGCAGCAGAUAGAGAUCCUCAUGGGUUUCACCAUCGUCAACAACCCCGGCCUUCCUUCUCUGGCCUCAUCCCUCAACCUUGACUCCAGCUUCAUGGGCGGCAGAGCCACACCUCAACACUUCAUUAUGUCUGACGACAUGGACGACUUGGACGAGGAUAUCGUGCCUGGAACUCUGCAAUAUGGCAACCGACUGUUGGAACGGCAAGCCAGCGACCGGUGGUCCGUCGGUUCAGACUGUCAGCGCAUGUGGAAACAUCCUGCUCCCAGUAUGAUGUCCCUGCGCCAACGCCACAUUGACCCUCAGCUGGCCAUGGGCUCCCAGAGGUUGGUAGAGAGUUGCCUGUUGGCGGGGCAGCAGGGGGAGGGAACCCUAUACCCAUCCAGGUCUAGGGCCACCUUUAGGCAGUCACGCAGCCAGUCGUUUGGGCAGCUCGACUGUCUCCCUCUGCCUCUUCUUUCCUCGGCUGUGUCUCAUCCCUCCAUCAUCUGUACCUCCAGCCUAAACCCUCAUUCACAGUCCUCCUUGAUCUCCUCUUCCUCCUGCUUUCCCAGCUCUGUGGGUGCCUUUGAAGCCCCUCAUUCCUCCCAUAAAUAUCAUGCUUCUUUCCAGCCCAUGGAUCCCAUUCCUGAUUUCACCUUCUCCGAUGUCUCCAAAGCACACCCCUCAUACAGCGACAGCUUCGGGGACCUAAAUCGCUCCGACUCCGACUCCUCCCUGUCCCUCUCUCAAGUUGGUGAUCGGCUAUCUGCCUAUAGCUCCAAAGGCCACCUAAUAAAACCCACAUCCCUCAUGCACGGCCUGUCCGGCCGUGCAGAUGACACCAUCUCUCUGCAUGCCUACACCCCCAACGGAGGGAACCGCAUUCAUGAGAUCAGUCCUUCAGAGCUUAUCACCGACAGCCCCAUACUCAUGAAGAAGAUGUACGGCACGGAGCAGUCGCCCAGCGUGGGAGAGAUCAACAGUCUGACAGAGUCGUCCCGCUCCCUCAGCCCCAACUCCACUGAACCUGACACACCGUCACCUACAGGAGGGCAGCCGGUGGCAAAGGGAAACAGCCGCAUCCCGCAGCUGUCCUCCAAGAAGAGUCCGCUGGAGGAGGACAGUGGCUCCACGGGAGAAGACACAGAUUCCACUGCCAGCCGCAAGAAACACACCUUCAAGAUCUUCAAGAAACAGAGGAAAUAAGGGCUACGUAGACAACAGGCUUUCUAAGCUGUUUGACUGUAUUCCUCUGGUCUGUUAUAGAAUAAAAGGUUUGCGGGUUCAAUAAUGGUCAAAUGAUGGCACAAUUUGUUGCCGUUGCAUCUUUUUGUAGGUAUGAGACCUACUCUAAGAAACUGUGGGAGCAACCAGCUGUUCGGUUUUUAUCUGCUUAUUGGGUCAAUGUUGAAUUAGCGGGAAGUGGGUAGGUUUGUAUAUUGGAAUAUAAAGUAUUAUUUAUUCUGCAGGAAGUUGUUCCAGUCUCAAAGGGAAGUGUGUCUCCCAGUUGGUUUUUCUUUCUUGUUCUACAAUCUAUAACAUUUUGCAUGUCUUCACUUUUGUUUGACUGAUACUCGAAUGCCCUUAGUGUUUGCUUGGUUCUUGUCGUUACACUGCUUAGACAACACUUGAUGUUUCUUUUAUUACUACCUAAACACCUAGCCUACAAGUCCAAAGUGAAUGUGCACUCCCUUUUCCUCACUGAGUACUUUGUUUUGAUUGAUGGUAUCAAGUUUUUCUGUCUUUUGUUGUCUUCUUCUUGGCAGAAAAAAAUGUCACAUUCAGGAGAUCCUUCAACAGAAAAACAGUCUUAGAAAGCUCAGACUGUUAAAUUUGUGACUCGGUACAUGUUUGACAGCCAAAAGUGUCAUUUAUAUGCCGUUUGAGCACAGCAAUAGUAGCUACUGGGUUUGGUUUAUCCUCCUUAGAAGUGAAGACAAUAUAGCUUAAUAAUGAUCUCACCCAAGAGCACGUCGAUGUCAUCACCUUGUGUAUAAAAAAAAUAAAUUAAAAAAAUAGAGCUUGUUUAUAGGUAAAUCUCCUAAAUUACAAAAGGACCAUCAAAUUGCAGCAUCAGAUGUUUUGCUUUAUCUUUAGUAUUUAACUGUUGAGUUCAUAAGAACAUGAGAGAAAAGUACUUUGCUUAAAUGUCCAGCUUUUAAUCAAUACAAAGAAAUGUAACAACUGAUUAAUAUUCAGAUUAACACGUGUCUUCAGGAGCAAGAAGUAUGUGUUUGAAUUUCCUGGAUUAGGUGUCCAGUCUGAAUUAUUAGUGUUACCAAAAACAUAACGACCGAUGAGAUGCGUGACAAUGAACUUUCAUCUGGCUUUGUAUUGAAUUUGAAAGUUGGUAUUACUACUUUUGAGAAUGUGUACAGUAUAUACCAUUUAAAAAAAACCACAAUAUAAUAAUCAAAGAAAAUGAACUCUAAACAAAAAAAAUUCUUAUUGAAGACAAUCCUCUUAAAAGAUAAAAGUGAUCCAACAUUUUCCUGAGCAGGCUGCGAGUUAAACUUCGAUUUGGCUCCUGCUGUCCUCUUGUCUUAUUGUAUGUGUUUUAGUGAAUAUUUAUGUGGACAAUGAAAACUUCACAGCAGUUUGUCAGUAAGAGAUGGGUGCUGGUAAGGGCUACAGUUACAAGGCAAAAUCAUUUGCUCUGUGUAGGAGAGACAUUUUUUUAGGUUGCAGCCACUUUGUAAUCCACCUUUUUAUGGAAGAUUUAGCUAAACAACGUAUGAAAGCAGAAGACCAAUCGCGUCAAAGUGCCAAAUCACUGUCUCUGUCCGAGGCCUUUGUAUUUGUAGUGUGUUUGAGCCCCUUAUACAAAGAACACAAAACCCCAUGAUGUACAUACAUACAGUCUGUAAUGUAUACCCUGAGCUAAACACUGAAUGUCCAAGUGUAUUGUUUCUGUGACAGUAUCAGCAGAACAGUAUGUUUACAUGUGUUACAGAUAAUUACUAUCCUCAGAUUCCCACCACAGAGAACAUUGUGCCAGUUUUAAUAUUGACAGCUUCUUAUGAGCACAGAACUAUGCAUCAGUAGUUGUAGGUGAUUACUAAAGUAGUAAGGACGCCAGGACACUUAGGGUGCUCCUGACCGAUGAACAACCAAAAAGUGCUGCAAAAGACACAGUUGGCCUCCCCCAGCCUCAUAAUGUAACAGGUGGUUUGGAUGCAUAAGACAUGUUUGAAUAUUUUAUUUUAGAAACCAGCUUAAAAAAGAAAAA